AUGGACUUGGCCCGGACAGCUCCUACUGGAUUUGGGCUCUCGCUUGCCGGCUCUCUGCAAAGCAAAGCGAGAUCACCGAGAAUCCCAUGGAGGCGCCCUUCCACAAGCCUAUGGAGGUUUGCAAGUUCAAGCUGCUGGUCGUCCUCGAUCCCCAGGCGGUUUACUUCAAGCGAACUUGGUGCCAGAAGCUCAGCGAGCCUUCGCUCGUGA